UUAUUGCAAGGAUAAAGUUGUGAAACGAAGAACGUGGCGUGGGGAGUUCGUCUCUACUCUCGACUGAUAGCCGGUCAUCAAAAAAAUUUCGUGUUUCAUAUAUUUACUUGUUAGUCGAGACACCCACCGCCGGGGGAAAAAUUCUUUAAAAAAAAAGUUUUAAUCAGCAGGUUUCCAGAUCACGCGUUGUCGGGAUCCGAUAACGCGAUUGUUCUCCUCCUCUUAUAUAUCCAACUGGAUGGGACGAUUAAACAGUUAGGCUAGACAGCACGUGAUGAAUAAGAUUAACAUGGAGGGAGGCCGAUACUGACACAAAUCUAUAGAAACAAGGACGUUCGCGAUCGCUGAGUUAUAGGACAAGGUCUCGAACCACUUUCGCUCCCUUACUCCCUUCACUUUCUAACUUCAGAUUUGGGAUUUGUUCUGUUACUGGAUUAGGACGAGCUCCUAUAUUUUUACCUCAGCAUGGCUAACUCUAAUUAUUCGGAAACCCUUAACUUAAUGAGGAAAUCGCUAAGGUCACCAAACAUGAAGCAAGAAGGGACCAAGUUUGAAGGAAAUGUGCACCACACUUUUAUUAUUCUCGGUGCAUCAGGAGAUCUUGCAAAAAAGAAGACUUACCCUACGAUUUGGUGGUUGUAUCGAGAUGGACUUUUACCAAGUAACAUAGUAUUUUUUGGCUACGCUAGAUCAGAUAUAUCAAUCGCUGAAUUAAAAGAACGUUGCAAGAGUUACAUGAAAGUUAACCCUAAUGAGGAGAGCCUUUACGAACAAUUCUGGAAUCUCAACUAUUACAUUAAAGGUUCUUACACUUCGAGAUCUGAUUUUGAGCAUUUGAAUCAAGAAAUAAACAUACUCGAGCCAUCAGCCAGUGCUAACAGGCUUUUUUAUUUAGCGUUGCCUCCCUCUGUUUUUGAAAGUGUUACAGUCAAUUUGCGUAACACUUGUAUGUCUGCAAAGGGCUGGACUAGAGUCAUUGUUGAAAAGCCAUUUGGGAAAGAUGCAGAUAGUUCUGCGAAAUUGUCCGAUCAUUUAGCCUCGUUAUUCAAAGAAGAGCAAAUCUAUAGAAUAGACCAUUAUUUGGGAAAAGAAAUGGUUCAGAAUUUGAUGAUAUUAAGAUUUGGAAAUGGGAUUUUUAGCCCAACCUGGAACCGUCUUCACAUAGCUUCGGUUCAGAUUAUAUUUAAAGAACCAUUUGGUACUCAAGGAAGAGGAGGCUAUUUUGAUGAGUUCGGAAUCAUAAGAGAUGUUAUGCAAAACCAUCUCCUUCAAAUCUUAAGUUUAGUUGCUAUGGAAAAACCUGCAACUAUCCACCCUGAUGACAUUCGAAAUGAAAAAGUAAAAGUUCUGCAAUCUAUAAAACCAUUGAGUUUAGAGGAUGUAGUAUUGGGCCAAUAUGUCGGAGACCCAAAUGGUACUGGAGAAGCAUGCGAAGGAUAUCUUGACGAUCCCACCGUGCCCAAAAAUUCAAGGACUCCAACAUUCUGUACCGCUGUACUUAAAAUUAACAAUGAACGUUGGGAAGGUGUACCUUUCAUAUUAAGGUGUGGGAAAGCAUUGAACGAAAGAAAAGCAGAAAUUAGAAUCCAGUACCAUGACGUACCUGGUGAUAUUUUUGACAAUAAAUGUAAACGAAAUGAAUUGGUCAUAAGAGUACAGCCAGGUGAAGCCGUAUACAUCAAAAUGAUGACAAAAACACCUGGAAUGACAUUCAGCAUGGAAGAAUCAGAAUUAGACCUAACAUACGGUAGCAGAUAUAAGGAUGUCAAAUUGCCAGAUGCAUACGAAAGGCUUAUUCUCGACGUCUUCUGUGGAUCGCAGAUGCAUUUUGUAAGAUCUGAUGAAUUAGCAGAAGCGUGGAGAAUUUUUACGCCUCUUUUGCAUACUAUAGAAAAUGAAAAUGUCCAGCCAGUCCCAUACACCUUUGGAUCCAGAGGUCCUGUUGAAGGAGAUGAAAUGACUAAAAAGUCAAAUUAUAAAUACUACGGUUCAUAUAAGUGGGUAGAACCGAACAAAUAAGUUUAAUAAUAUCAUCAUUGCAUAAACCACAAGUGCCUUAUGGUCGGUUUUAUUCACCCAGAGUUAUUUAAUUUUUUCACUGCUAUUACUCCUUAAAAUAUAGAGUAAAUAUACUUAAUAAAAUAAGUAGAACUUUCCAAGGAAUGUACAUUUAGUAUUAUGCAUUUAGUAUUAUAAUAUAAAAAAAUCAUCAGAAAAAUAUACUACAUACAAGUGGAAGGUAGUCAAAUUAAAUUUGAAUAUACAGUAGAAAUUAAGAAUGCAAUUUAAAAAUCUGUAUGCAGAUCUGAAUCCCUAUGUUCCUUGUUCUUAAAAAGAAAAUAAUAAAUAAAAAAAUAAAAUAAAAGAGUAUUAAAAAUAGUAUUUAUAAUACUUUAAAAGGUAAACUACAAAGUACACAAAUGAGCAAACCAUUAAAGAAAAUUUUUGUUGUUUUACAUACUUGUUUUUAGAUUAUUUAUUUUGUCUUUAUUAAUUACAUUUAAAUAAAAAAGUAUUCAGUUUGAUUUAUUAUAAUUCAUUUUGUACUUUACAAAUGCAUAGUGAUAAAUAUUUUUAUUUAGUGUACAAGUAAUUGUAUUAAGUUAUUUAAUGGAAUUUAUAUACGGAAUCAACAACUAAAUGGAUAUUAUUUAGGCUGUGAAAAUUU